GGCACUGCAAAGAAAGAAAUAGACGAAGAAGCAAGUCAAGAACAGGGCACAAUGGCGUUGGGCCGCCGUUCGAGUGUAGCAGCCCUUCUAGCCCUCUGCUUCCUCGCCGCCACGGCAACCGCAGCCGCUGAGUACGGCCUGACCGUCUUCUGGGGCCGGAACAAGGACGAGGGCUCCCUCGGGGAGGCCUGCGACACAGGCAUUUACAACACGGUCAUCAUCUCCUUCUACAGCGUCUUCGGCCACGGCAGGUACUGGGGUGACCUCUCCGGCCACCCACUCUACAACAUUGGCGCCGACAUCCAGCACUGCCAGCGCAAGGGCAUCCUUGUGCUCCUCUCCAUCGGCGGUGGCGGGAGCGAGUACUCGCUGCCGACCUCCCAGUCUGCUGCCGACGUCGCCGACAAUCUGUGGAACGCGCACCUCGGCGGCUCCCGCCGCGGCGUGUUCCGACCGUUCGGCAACGCAGUGGUCGACGGCAUCGACUUCUUCAUCGACCAGGGCGCGCCCGGCCACUACGCCGAGCUGGUCACGCGCCUAUCAGGCUACAACAAACACUAUCGCGGCGCGCCGGGUGUGCGGCUGACGGCGACGCCGCGGUGCGUGUUCCCGGACUGGCGCAUCGAGCAGGCGCUCGACACGGGCCUGUUCGAGCGGAUCCACGUCAGGUUCUACGGUGACGACCGGUGCUCGUACCCGCACGUGUACAAGGACGGGGUGAUGGCGCAGUGGAACAAGUGGACGGCGAGGUACCCCCGGAGCAAGAUCUACCUGGGGCUGCCGGCGGCCAACGCGCCGGGGAGGAACGACAUGGUCGGCCUCAUGUCCAUGAACUAUGACCUCAUGCCCAGCGUGAAGCAGGCACCCAACUACGGCGGGGUCAUGCUCUGGGACAGGUACCAUGACAAGCUCACCGGCUAUGGCCGCGACAUCUACAACGCCGGCAACAUCUAAUUAAUUAACAAGCAUUGUAACUGUGUGUGUGUGUGUGUGUGUGACAGUAAAAAAGUGCUUAUAAGCUGUGUAUUGUACGAAUAAAUCAUCAGAGGUCCAUAAUGAGAUCUCGGGAUGGAUGUUUGAAG